AUGGCUUCCGCGAAAAUCCUCCUGCAUAGCGACUACACUGUUGGUCUGAUAUGUGCUCUUCCUCUUGAGAUGGCUGCUGCCAAGUCUAUGUUUGAUGAGAUUUACCCCGACCUACCAAGCCGCCCAGGUGAUCCGAAUUUUUACGCACUAGGAAGGAUUGCUGUCAACAUUGCUGUGGCUUGCCUCCCGUUAAAAGUGUAUGGAACUACCUCAGCAGCAGUUGUGGCGACGCAGAUGCAGUGUACGUUUGGCGAAAUCCAAUUUGGCCUUAUGGUUGGCAUUGGGGGAGGUGUACUUGUUGGAAAAACCGACAUUCAACUGGGCGAUGUUGUGGUCAGCAGUCCAACAGAAGAUUCUGGGGGUGUCAUUCAAUAUGACUAUGGGAAAUCAAUCGAGAAUGGUGUCAUUGAACGCACUGGUUUCUUGAAUCGGCCACCUCAAGUUCUGCUGAAUGCCGCGAACGUGCUGCAAGCGAACUAUAAGAAAGGGUUUAGUCAGAUGCCUAGCUACCUUUCUGAAAUGUUAUGA